AAUAAUACUAUUAAUGAUAGCAAUGAUAAUAAUAAUAUGAUUGAUAUAAAUGGGGCAACACUUUCGUGGGACACACUUAAUGAUCAAAAAAUUAGUAAUAAUAUUAAUAAUGUAAAGGAAUAUACAUUAAAUCAAAUUGAUUUGCAUAUCCGUGAGGGUAUGUUUGUGGCCAUAGUUGGCGAUGUCGGCUCAGGUAAAAGUUCACUGUUGUCUGCUAUUAUCGGGGAUAUGGAGCUCAUUGAGGGUACAGUUAAUGUCAGACCGGGUGUUCAUAUGGCAUACGUUCCACAACAGGCAUGGAUACAGAAUGCAACCAUCAAACAGAAUAUUAUGUUUGGAAAGCCGUUCGAUGAGGAACUGUAUGACCGGGUAAUAGAUAGCUGUGCUCUCAGACCAGAUAUACGACAACUGGCCGGCGGAGACCAGACAGAGAUCGGCGAGAAAGGCGUUAAUCUGAGUGGCGGUCAAAAACAAAGAGUCAGUUUAGGCCGAGCCGUCUAUACCGGUGCCGAUCUAUAUCUACUCGACGAUCCACUUUCUGCAGUGGACAGUCAUGUGGGCAAACAUUUGAUGACCGAAAUAUUGGACUCAAAAACGGGUUGUUUGGGUUCAAAAACCCGAUUGUUGGUCACAAAUCAAUUGUUUAUGUUAGCCGAUUGCGAUCUAAUAGUUGUCCUGAAAGCGGGUAAAAUAGUAUCGACCGGUACUUACGGACAACUAUUACUCGAUAGUAAUUAUUUUCAACAAUUAAUUAAACAGUAUUUCAGUAAACGAGUCGAUGAUGAUUACAAUAGUUACCAUAAAUGGACAGAUAGUUUGAAUCAAAUAGUUGAGGGUGCCCAAAUUGGACUAAUAACUAUUAAGACAUUUAUCAAAUAUAUUCGUCUAAUUAACAUAAAGUUACUAUUGAUUUGUCUAACGGUUCUAAUGUUAUCGAUUGCUAUCAACUAUGGUAUCAAUUUUUGGUUGGCCUACUGGUCCAAACAGUUGGCUGCCAAUAAUACUAAUGGUGAUGGUAGUGAUAUUGGGGACAGUAGGGGUCCAGUUUUUUAUAUGCUAAUAUUUGCCGCAAUGAUUGUCGGACAGUUAUUGUUGCAAACAGUUUACAGAUUUAUCUAUGCCCUUACUAUUAUAAGCACCUGUAUCCGAUUGCAUCGUAAACUAUUAGAUCGUAUAAUGCAUGCGCCCAUGGAGUUUUUCGAUACGACACCCGUAGGUCGACUAUUGAAUCGUUUCAACAAGGACAUGUAUCUGAUUGAUUUGGGUUUGCCAGUUAUGUUUAGGCAAACAUUAGACUAUUGUCUACAACUCAUUGGUAUUGUUGUGUCGAUUUCAAUAUUGACGCCAAUGUUUUUGAUACCAUUUGCAGUGACUGUUAUUGUAUACUAUUUUCUACAGAACAUUUAUAUUAAAGCAUCGUGUCAAUUAAGACGUUUAGAGUCUAUCAGUCGAUCGCCAAUUAAUUCACAUUUAGAGGAAACACUUAACGGCUUAUCCAGUAUUAGGGCCUAUGAUUGUAUGGAUAGGUUUAUACGGGAAUCGGAUAAUAGGAUUGAUAACAACACACAAUGUCUCUAUCCGUAUAUUAUGGCCAACAGUUGGCUAUUGGUUAGACUACAAGUGCUAACCAAUAUACUUGUACUGUUUGCUGCACUGUUUGGUGUCAUACGUAAAGAUAGUCUAAACGGUUCGGACAUUGGACUCAGUCUAUCAAAUGCUAUUACUCUGACCGGUAUUUUGGAGUAUUUUAUCAAUUCAUUUGCACAAAUGCAGGCAAAUCUGGUAUCGUUUGAACGGAUAGACGAAUACUGCGGUCUGAAUACAGAAGCCGACUGGCAAUUAUCGGGUCAACAAUUAUCGGAUAAAUGGCCAGAAAAUGGAUGCAUUAGAUUUGAUGGAUACGGUACCCGAUAUCGACAGGGAUUGGAUUUAGUUAUCAAAGGCAUCGAUAUUUCUAUAAAAUCUGGAGAAAUGAUAGGUAUUGUUGGCCGAACCGGUGCGGGAAAGUCAUCGCUAACAUUGGCAUUGUUUCGGCUCAUUGAGCCAGCAAUGGGUCGUAUAGUUAUCGAUGACAUAGAUAUCAGUCAAUUAGGUCUACACGAUUUGCGAUCGCGGCUGACAAUUAUACCACAAGAACCGGUACUGUUUUCGGGAACUAUUCGUUCAAAUUUGGAUCCGUUUGACAAGUUUUCCGACGACGAUCUCUGGUCAGUGUUAGAACAGUCGCAUCUCAAAGAGUUUGUACUGUCGACUGAUGCCGGUCUCGACCAUCCGGUGACCGAAUCGGGUGAUAACAUGAGUGUCGGUCAGCGACAACUUGUAUGUCUGGCUCGGGCUCUACUCCGACACACGUCUAUCCUUAUCCUCGAUGAGGCCACGGCUGCCGUCGAUGUGGAAACCGAUUCACUCAUUCAACAAACUAUUAGACAAUCAUUUAAGUCGUGUACUGUCCUAACGAUUGCCCACCGAAUCAAUACAAUCCUUGAUUACGAUCGGGUGUUAGUCCUAAGCGACGGACGGAUAGCCGAGUUUGACUCACCCGACCAACUGCUUGACGACAGGACAACCAUUUUCUAUUCACUGGCCAAAGAUGCCGGUGUUAUAUAAUUUAAUAAUUUUUAAAAAAUAUCUUUGGGAUUACUAUAGGUUAGGUGUCAUAAUAUAUA